GUGGUAUCCUAGUGGACGCUCUUCAACACACCGAUGCAACGUGGACCCGAACCGAAAGUGUUGUGGAUCUCAAAGUAUGGAUGAGCCGCCAACGACGAACGGACUGUGGCUUUGUUCCAGGAUUUUUCUACGCGCUCUUCCUCAUGGACUGUUUACAUCGGCGGUUACUGACUAACUACAGAUAUCGUGUUGAGCUCCGCCCGCGAGCCAUAGCAGGAGAAGAAAGAGCAGUACGUCGUCAAGAUGAUCGGGUGUAUCCCUUGGCUCAACGCGAGAAGGAAGACAUGACAUCGGUGUCGAGGCGACUCAACACGAUAGACGGUAGAUUGGAUCUCGGCGGGGAGAGUGAAGAAUCGGAGGAUCUAGAGACGGAGAGCCUGGAACAAAUGAUGAGGCUACGACUUUUGAAUGACAGAAGUGAAGCUGUCAAUCGCCUCGACAAUGUCCAGCAGCUGCUGCUACGAUGGAGAAACAAGUGCACAGUAUGUUGGGUGGCAUCAAGACCAGCACAUCACGGCCUUCGUGGUUGUACAGAUCGCCUUGGGUGCCAUGCGUACAAAGAGGUGUUGGAAAUAGAACGGGCCAUCUACUUUGCGAGAGAACUAGUAUGCUACCGGUGUGGCGUCCCAAAAAUCAUCUGCGACCAGUGGGUGGAGUCAAACGCCGUCGACAAAAAUUUCAAGCGGUCCACGAUCUUAAAAGGUUGUGCUUUCCCCGGCCUUGUGCUGGAGACAAUGUACGGCAUCAAGCAAGCGCGAAAGGACGUUUGGGAGAGGUGGUUAGAGCGCCUCGUUAGCAAAGACAUCUUGCACACCAACCCCGAUGGCUCAUGCAAAGAACGUCGAGAGCCUCUGGUCCAACAUUUAUGUCAAGAGGCGAAGGAGGAACAAGUAGGACGAGAGCUUUCCCAGCUUGGAUCGAUUAACCUAGUGUGGGAGUUUGAGUGA